GCCGCCGUGAAAGCACGGCGGGUGGGGACGCCUCCGGAGGAGGCCCGGAGUAUCUGGGUCGGCUGAGGGUUUGCGCGAGCGCAAGAGCCGCUUAAACGGUGGUGGGCAGCGGCCGUUGCUCCCUCUGAGGCCUCGCUCGUUUCCUGCCUGCCUUCUUUUUCAACGUCCACCCCACCCUCCCUGAGGACGGCGGCUCAAUGGCGGUGAACUACAACGCCAAGGCGGAGGCAGAGGCGGACGGGCUCCCGGCGGGCGGCAUCGGCUCAAUGCCCAGCAGCAGCAGCAGUGGAGUGGCCGGGGCGGCCGGUGUCGGCGGGGCGGCCGGGGGCGCUGUCAAGAGCCGCAAGCCCGACAACACGGCGUUCAAGCAGCAGCGCCUGCCGGCCUGGCAGCCCAUCCUCACCGCCGGCACCGUCCUGCCCGCCUUCUUCGUCAUCGGCCUCAUCUUCAUUCCCAUUGGAAUUGGCAUCUUCGUCACCUCCAACAACAUCCGCGAGUUCGAGAUUGAUUAUACUGGAACAGAGCCAAAUAGUCCUUGUAAUAAAUGUUUAAAUGUGUCCUGGAACAACACACCUUGUUAUUGCACCAUUCACUUCAAAUUGGAUCGGCCAUUUGAGAGCAACGUAUUUAUGUAUUAUGGACUGUCCAACUUCUAUCAAAACCAUCGCCGCUAUGUGAAGUCUCGGGAUGAUAGCCAACUAAAUGGAAAUAAUAAUUCUUUAUUUAACCCCAGUAAAGAGUGUGAGCCUUACCGCACCAGUGACGAUAAGCCCAUCGCUCCUUGUGGAGCCAUUGCCAACAGCAUGUUCAAUGAUACCUUGACGUUGUAUCGUAUUGAAGGUGAUGGCACUAAGCCUAUACCUAUUACUCUGACUAAAAAAGGUAUUGCUUGGUGGACUGACAAAAAUGUUAAGUUUAGGAAUCCUGUUGGAGAAACGAAAAACUUGACAGUACUUUUCCAAGGCACAUCACAACCAGUCAACUGGCUCAAACCAGUGUAUAUGCUAGAUUCAGAUCCAGAAAACAAUGGCUUCAUCAAUGAAGACUUUAUUGUGUGGAUGCGCACUGCAGCAUUGCCUACGUUUCGUAAGCUCUAUCGCCUUAUAGAGAGGCAGGAUAAUUUACAACCUACUUUGCCGACUGGAAGCUACUCCUUGGAAAUAGCAUACAAUUAUCCUGUGCAUAGCUUUGAUGGACGAAAACGGAUGAUCCUGAGCACCAUUUCAUGGAUGGGAGGCAAAAAUCCAUUUCUGGGAAUAGCUUACAUAACAGUUGGCUCCAUUUGCUUUUUUCUUGGAGUAGUGCUGCUUAUCAUUCAUCACAAAUACGGAAAUCGGAACAACAGUGCAGAUAUUCCCAAUUAAUCCCAUUUUUUUUCAAAUCAAAUGUACUGCAUGUGCAUUAAGGCCAGUUCAGGAUGGACACAGCUUUUGAAAGUUCAUGUCAUGCCACAUUUGCUCACCUGGAAAGGCUUUGGCCUGCAGCGGGAUGGGUGACUGCACGUGGAUGUUGUCUGCUAUCAAUUAUUCACAAUGCUAACUACAUCUUUGAAGUUCACAGUAUGUUCCAUCAAGUGUGCCUGGCAUGUGAACUUGUGCAACAAAAAGCUUUCUUGUUGACCAGUGACUUUUAACAACUAGGGCUGUGCAAACUUUGGGCCUCGGAUUCGGAAAUCCGAAUCACGGAGAGGAUUUUAUUAUGGAUCUGCCAUUUCCUUGCACAUUUCCUUGUAAGCAAGUUACAGCCUACAACUCCCAGCCUGCAGUGCCUGGAAGGGCUGCACUUAGCAGGGCCCAGGAACAGUGGGCACAUGUGUCCUUG